AUGAAAAAAGCAACAGCCCCACAAGCAGCUAAAAAGACCAUUCCAAGCAAUGAUAAAGCUGCUAAUGCAAAUGUUGGAAGAAGACCUGAGGCUCAAGGAAGUUUUGAUGAACCACCUUCAUCUCAUUUUGGAGGACAAUUAAGUAAGAAAGUCCAUAAAAUUGAUGAUCAAAUAGCUCUUAGUGAAGAGGAAUUAAAUCAGGAAGUUGAUAGAAUUUUGGAAGGAACAAAUCCUAAUGCUCCAGAAAAUAUUGUAAGAUUUAACCACGAAGAUAGAACAUUUAAAUUCGAUCACACGGUGGAACAAGCAGCUUUCCACUUUGCCGAUGAUGGUUUCCUUAUUUUGAAAGAUGGUACCGAAGCAAAACUUCAAAAGGAAGAAAAUGAACUAAGAAGAGAAUUAUUAAAAAAGAAGCUCAAAGAACAAGCCGAUGUGGAAACUGACGGUAUGGGGGCUGAAGAUAUUUUACAAAAGAAGGAUGUUUUGAGAAAUCAAUUCAACUAUUCCGACAGAGAAGUACAAACAUUCAACUAUCCAAUGAAGGAAAUGGAAAUCAUGACAGAACCUCCAGCAGCAGAACUUUUCGAAAUUACAGCUACACAAUGGGAAAUUCAUGAUUUCUAUCAACAGCACUUUGAAGAAUUAAAGAAACAAAGCGGAAAAUCAUCAGGAAAAUCAAAGAAGCCUCUUAGAGCCAAGACACCUCAAGAAAUUAUUCACACAAAGGAAAUGAGCUCAACCUUAAAACUUAUGGAAAGAAUGCUAAAUCAAAAUUCUAUGGAAGAAAUUCUUCACGAUUACAAAUACUGGGAUGAUCCUUCGGAUGAUGUUGUGGAAGAUAAAAAGAGAAGAACUGAAGGUUCUCUCUUGCCACUUUGGAGAUUCCCUUAUCCAGAAAAGAAGAAAAUGUCUGUCACUGGUGUUUGUUGGAAUCCUAAAUAUUCUGAUCUAUUUGCAGUCAGUUAUGGUAGUUACAACUUUUUGAAACAAGCAGGUGGUUUGGUCUGUAUCUAUACAUUGAAAAAUCCAGGUGUUCCAGAAUAUUCUUUCCAUACUGAAUCAGGCGCAAUGUGUUUGGAUUUCCAUCCUAAACAUCCAUCUCUUCUUGCUGUUGGUUUAUAUGAUGGUACUUGUAUGAUUUUCGAUAUUAGACAAAAGGAUACAAAGCCACUCAUCUAUUCAACAGUUAAAAAUGGUAAACACAAUGGUGUUGUGUGGCAACUCAAGUGGGAAACUGAAAGUCUUUCAUCAUCUCUUUCAGUAUUCUCUGUCAGUAGUGACGGUAGAGUUACUAAUUGGACUCUUUCAAAGAAUGAAUUGCAAUAUACCGACAUUAUGCAUUUGAAAGUUGAAGCUCUGUCAGCAACUUUUGAUGGAGAAAAAUCCUUCUCAACAAAUGCGUCUUUCACACAAAUGAAUCCUUCAAAGAUUACGGAAGACUUUUUGGUAGCCUAUUCUGGUGGUACCUGCUUUGACUUUAAUCCAAAACAUCCACACUUGUUUGUUGUUGGUACUGAGGAAGGUAAAAUUCACUUAUGCUCCAAAGCUUACAACUCUCAAUAUCUCAGAACAUAUGAAGGUCACCACAUGAAUGUGUAUAGUGUCAAGUGGAAUCAUUUCCACUCUAACGUUUUCCUUUCAGCUAGUGCUGACUGGAAUGUCAAACUCUGGGAUAUGAAUCAUGCUCAACCAUUAAUGACAUUCGAUCUAGGCAGUGGUGUUGGCGGUGUCGAUUGGGCUCCAUACUCUUCCACUAUUUUUGCAGCUGUCACUGAUGACGGUAGAGUUCAAGUUUAUGAUUUAAGUAUUAACAAGAGAGACUCUCUUACAGAUGCUUGUUCGUUGAUUGUGAAAAAGGCCAAACUUACCCACGUUCAAUUCAAUCCGAUUACUUCAGCUGAUUAUCUGUAUGACAGUUCCUUCUUUGACAGUAAGAACCCACAAGCUCAACAAAAAGCUGUUGAAGCUUUACACAAGAUGAGCUUCUGUCUUUUGGUUGGUGAUGACAAGGGUCUCGUACAGACAUUAAAGCUUUCUCCAAAUCUUAGACGACCUCCAGAAAAUAAGGAUAAAGACAGUGGAAACACUGCUGGCAAAAAAACAGAAAACGGAUCUCUCAAAACUGUUGCACAAUGUGAAGUUGACAAGCUUCAAGCCAUUCUGGAUGUUGCACUUAAAGGACAACAAGAGCAGCAAUAAUUCUUUGUAUAUAAAUAAACUAAGACCACUAUUAUU